GCCUUAGUCGCAGCACCAGGUAAUUUCCUCCCAGGCCUCCAUGGGCUUGUGUAUAAAGGCCCCUGGACCUGGUCCCUGACAGAACCCAGAACCUACAGACCCAUCCAGACCCCCGGCUGAACCUGCUGCCCAGAGCCCCAUGAAGCUGAUGGCCCUGCAGCUGCUGCUCUGGCACAGUGCACUCUGGACGGUGCAAGAAGCCACACCCCUCGGCCCUGCCAGCUCCCUGCCCCAGAGCUUCCUGCUUAAGUGCUUAGAGCAAGUGAGGAAAAUCCAGGCUGAUGGCGCUGACCUGCAGGAGAGGCUGUGCACCACCCACAAGCUGUGCCACCCUGAGGAGCUGGUGCUGCUUGGGCACUCUCUGGGCAUCCCCCAGGCUUCCCUGAGUAGCUGCUCCAGCCAGACCCUGCAGCUGACAGGCUGCCUGCGCCAACUGCACGGCGGCCUCUUCCUCUUCCAGGGCCUCCUGCAGGCCCUGGCGGGGAUCUCCCCAGAGUUGGCCCCCACCUUGGACAUACUGCAGCUGGACGUCACCGACUUUGCCACCAACAUCUGGCUGCAGAUGGAAGACCUGGGGGUGGCCCCUGCCGUGCAGCCCACCCAGGGCCCCAUGCCGACCUUCACCUCAGCCUUCCAGCGCCGGGCAGGAGGGGUCCUGGUUGCUUCCAAGCUGCAGAGCUUCCUGGAGCUCGCGUACCGUGUCCUGCGCUACCUGGCCGAGCCCUGAGCAAAGCCCUCCCCAUCCAGUGUAUUUAUCUCUAUUUAAUAUUUAUGCUUAUUUAAACCUAAUAUUUAAAGACGGGGAAGACAGAAAGGAGCCCUAGACUCCUGGAUCCUUCCCUCCACCUCCAAGUUUCAUUCUCCCGCCUGUAGCAGGGAGAAAAACUCCCGUCUUCCUGUCCCCUGGACUGGGAGGGAGUUGGUAAAUACCAAGUAUUACUUCCUGUGACUGCUCCCUGCCUGGCUCCGUGGUGGGCUCUGGGGAGAGCCACAGCGAACCCCUACCCUGAGGGUGCCUACCUCGGGGACCUUGGAAUCAUCGGGAAGUCUCCCACGUGGGAGAUGAGACAGCCCUGUUUAAUAUUUAAACAGCAGUGUUCCCCAACUGGGUCCUUGCACC